AUGGAGAACACUACAUCAAGCCUAAAUAUUCGGCCACCAACUUAUGGGGAUCUUAUUACAAUUCUUAGCGUCGAUGGAGGAGGAAUUAGAGGAAUAAUCCCCGGAGUUAUUCUCGCAUACUUAGAAUCACAACUUCAGGAGCUAGAUGGUCCAGACGCAAGGCUCGCAGAUUAUUUUGACGUAAUUGCAGGAACAAGCACGGGUGGUCUCAUAACGGCCAUGGUAACUGCACCAAAUGAACACAAUCGACCUUUAUAUGCUGCGAAUGAAAUAGUUCCUUUCUAUGUUCAGCACUCUCCUAAAAUUUUUCCCCAAGCCAGAGGACCACUUGCCGGUAUCAUCAAGUUAUUCAAGGCUUUAUUUGGACCUCAAUAUAAUGGGAAGUAUCUUCACAAGCUCACAAGGGGCAUACUAAGCAGCACAAGGCUGCACCAGACUUUGACUAGCGUUGUUAUUCCCACUUUCGACAUCAGAAAUCUCAGCCCUACUAUCUUUAGCUCAUACGAGGUGGCAAUUAACCCUCUCAAGGAUGCCCUACUAUCAGACAUAUGCAUCAGCACGUCAGCAGCACCGACUUAUUUUCCAGCCUAUUAUUUUAAAAAUACUGAUGAAAAAGGGAAUGAACGAGAAUUUAACCUUGUCGACGGUGGUGUGGCUGCUAAUAAUCCGACUUUGGUUGCGAUGAGCGAAGUGACCAAGCAAGUGUUCAAGGAGAACCCAGACUUCUUCCCAAUCAAGCCCAUGGACUAUGGUCGCUUCUUAGUAAUCUCAAUUGGGACAGGCUCUGCAAUGAAUGAACACAAGUACAAUUCUCAAAAGGCUUCCAAGUGGGGACUUCUAGCGUGGGUAUUUAACAAUGGAUCGACUCCAUUAGUAGAUGCUUUUAAUCAAGCAAGUGCAGAUAUGGUUGAUUUCCACAACUGUGUGGUUUUUGAAGCACUUCGUUCAGAAAGUAACUAUCUUCGAAUCCAAGAUGACACAUUAAGCGGGAACCUAUCCUCUGUGGACGUAUCUACAAAAAAGAAUAUGCAAGAUCUUGUGACAGUUGGUGAAGAGCUGUUGGAGAAACAGGUGUCUCGUAUCAAUGUGGACACCGGCCUAUACGAACCAGUUGAAAAUGGUGGAACCAAUAUGGAAGCUCUCAAAAAGUUUGCAAAAUUACUUUCAGAUGAAAGAAAACUCAGGGAGUCGAAAUAUAUGGAUGCUCAUCAAAAACUUUAAAUG